AAAAUAAAAAAUAAAUAAACAAAGGAAUACAAACAACAGUGAAUAGUCCCUGUUAUUCUCGUUGUCCUUCCAGUUCCAGCUGAUUCUUCUUCUCUCUCCUCUUCCAUUUCCUUUCUUAUUGAAAUUCCUCAGCCGCAACUCAUCGGAUUCGUUGACAACAUCUACCAAUAUCUGGAAACGCCACGAGAAAGUAAUAAUUCUUCUCUAUUUCAAGGUGCUCCACUGGUGUUUUGUUAUUUUAUCUUGGUCUUCUUUUUCGAACGAUCCUGAACCAACGUGGUCCAAUUCCAGGGUACGCCACUGGAGAGAAGAGGGAGAGAAAAUGGGAUCAGAUUCCCUGGAAAAGGCAGAAAAACGACAGAAUGAUAAGGUAGAGAAGGUAAAGAAGGGGCUAGGAUGGAUAGAAUGGCUAAGAGGGUGGUUUAAUGUGAUAUACGAGAUGUUGUUUCAGCGUAUAGCUGCCAGUCAUCUCCAGGAUCCAAUGCCUUUGCCUCCCAUUGAAAAUCUUACUUGCAUUGUCACCGGCUCCACUAGUGGUAUCGGUCGCGAAAUUGCCAGGCAACUGGCUGAGUCUGGUGCACAUGUUGUCAUGGCUGUGAGGAAUCCUAAAGGAGCUCAUGACCUGAUCCAGAAAUGGCAAGCCGACUGGGCUGGAAAAGGCCUUCCUCUAAACAUUGAGGUUAUGGAACUUGAUCUGCUGUCCUUGGACUCUGUUGUGCAAUUUGCAGAAGCAUGGAAUGCACGAUUAGGGCCUUUACAUGUACUAAUAAAUAAUGCGGGGAUCUUUUCCAUCAGAGAGCCACAAAAGUUCUCGAAGGAUGGGAAUGAAGAGCACAUGCAAGUAAAUCAUUUGGCCCCAGCAUUACUAUCAGUGCUUGUUUUGCCUUCCCUCAUUAGAGGCUCUCCAAGCCGCAUAAUCAAUGUGAAUUCCAUCAUGCACUCUGUUGGAUUCGUUGACCCUGAUGAUAUGAAUGUCGUUACUGGGAAGAGAAAAUUUACAAGCUUGGUGGGGUACUCAAGCAGCAAGCUUGCUCAGGUCAUGUUUAGCAGUGUCCUUCAAAAGCGGUUACCAGCAGAAUCUGGUAUUAAUGUAGUUUGUGUCUCACCUGGCAUUGUUCAUACCAAUGUUGCAAGGGAUCUUUCUAAAAUUGUUCAAGCUGCUUACCAUCUUAUACCAUACUUCAUUUUUAGUCCCCGAGAAGGUUCAAGAAGUACCCUAUUUGCUGCCACUGAUCCUCAAAUUCCAGAAUACUGUGAGAUGUUGAAGGCAGAUGAAUGGCCUACUUGUGCUUUCAUUUCUCAGGAUUGUCGUCCUACAAAUGCUUCAGAAGAGGCACACAACAUCGGAACUUCAUUUAAAGUAUGGGAGAAGACUCUGGAGAUGACCGGUCUCCCUUCAGAUGCUGUUGAGAAGCUUAUUGAAGGCGAGGAAGUCACAUGCCGGUAUGGAAGUCAACAAGGGUAGGUUUUUCCUUCUAUAAAUAGAAAGGCAAGAAAAACCAGCUCUUCUUAUCCAUACUUCUAUGCCUAAGGGGAUAACUAAUGAAGAUGGUUUGAGUUUGCUGUCAAAAAAAAACACGGGUCUGAGUUACGAGCACAAGUCAGCUUUUUCUUUGGCCAUUAGUGGUUAUUUGAGAGUGAGGAUUUGUAUCAUACUUUCACCUGUAAUGAAAAGAGAUGUUAAGGAUCAGCAUGUGAUGAGAUGGAAGUGGGAAGAACUUCGAGUCGUGUAGCAUACAGGUUACAACCGUGUAUUUUUUGUUUCUUGAUAUAUAACAUCAUAGAUUCGUAGUCACUUCUACAGUUCCACGUUUCUUUUUGAUAAGUAGACUUGCUUCUGAGCAGAAGUUGAUAUUUAAUUCAGCUUUGAACUGUUUAUGCUGUCUGAUACUGGUGAUUGAUGGAAAUUGUUUUAUUUAUUGUA